ACUCUUAGCUGAUGCUGUUUAGCUGAGGGGAGGUCAGUGGAUAUUUACGCUCACUUUGUGAUCAUGUCUAUGGACUGAUAGUGGUCUGUCACUUAAAAAGCUUCAGGACAGGAAUGCCUUUGCCACGACGCCGAUCCUCCUUCCUGGGCCAGGCUGCUUCCGAGCGGCCCGGCGGUGUUGGUCGCAUGAGUGCUGCAGGGACCUCUGCGCCUCGGGGGGUGUUUGUAGGCAUGGCUCCCACUGGAGGUACCAGCAGCCUGGGUGCACGUGUGUCUCGCAGAGCUCUGGGCAUCCACAGCGUGUUUCUGCAUUGCCUUAGAAGCACCAGUGUUCCUGUGGUGACCCAGCCUGGGCAACGAGGCCAACAGUUUGGCUUUGACAGCCUCAACACGUGCCUGCUGGAGUACCGCGAUAAAGUUCAUGCUCUGGAGCAACUCAACCAACAGCUGGAGGAACAGAUCAGACACUGCUUGGAUCGAAAGGCUGUCAGCGCUGGAACAUGGACUGGCCUGAAACAAGACUGGGAGGAUGUUUAUAUGCAGGUCAGUGAGGCCAUCCUGGACAAUGCUCGACUUAUGCUCCAGACUGAGAAUGUUCAAGCCAAUGCAGAGGACUUUAAAGACAGGUAUGAGAAUGAGCAGCCAUUCCGUAAAGCACUCGAAGAGGAAAUUAACUCUCUGUACAAAGUCAUUGAUGACGCAAACCUGACCGGGUUGGACCUGGAGAAGGAGAUUGACAGUAUGAAGAAUGAGCUAAUGAGUCUGGACCAAAAUCACAUGGAGGAUGUUAGAGCGAUCUAUAAGCAGAUGUCCGACCGUGAGGUUGAUGAGCCAGAUGCUCCCACUGAGACCAGCCUGGACCAGAUUCUAGCUUUUAUCCGCUCUCACUGGGAGAAGGUCAUUGAGAAGAACCGUGCUGAGACUGAUGCCUACCUUGAGUGCAAGCAAACUGAAAAUGUGGCCAGUAAGCUGAGUCGAGAGGAAGAGGAGUUUGAGAGUCUGAAGACAGAGUGCAGUGACGCUGGGUGCAAGAUUCAGAGUCUGCAGGCCGAAACAGAGUCUAUUAGAGCUCUGAAACGUGGCCUGGAGAACACCCUCAAUGACGCCAAGCACUGGCAUGGCAUUGAGCUGCAAAAUCUGGGCUCUGUUAUCGCAAAGCUGGAGGCGGAGCUCAACGACGUCCGCGGGGACAUCGAGCAGCAGCGCCGUGAUUACGAAACCUUACUCAACAACAAGAUGAAGCUGGAGAUGGAGAUUGGAACAUAUCAUGGAAUCCUGGAUGGAGAGGAGAGCAGAUUCUACUCCUCAACGUUCCUCGGUGGUUCUUCAGUACCUGAGGGAAGAACUGAUCCCACACCUGGACCACAAAGCAGUGCACAGACCGAAGGUUCUAAUGCUCCUGGUGCUCCAGAAGAAAGCAAGCCGGAAUGAUAUAUGAUUUUAUUAAUCUUUGCAAAAAUGUUGAUUUCCAUUUGUUUCUCCUCAGUUGUAAUUUACACCAUCUUUAGACUACAUGAUUACUGUGCAGGUUAGAAAUAAAUAAAUGAUAUAUGACAUUAACUG